UCUCUCUCUCUCUCUAGAAUUCUUUAUUGCAGAAAAGAAAAAACCAGAAACACUCUACCAGUUCCACUUUGUGAUAUCAUCAUCUCUCACUAUUUAUUUUUUUAUAAAUUAAAAUCAAAUAGCCCUAAAAGAAUUUUCCCUUUUAAUCAAAUACACCAACACAGCUGCAUUUCGAUACGUGUUGAUAAAGAUUGGAUUUUUAAUGUUGUUCUUGAUUUGAAGUUUAAAUGGGUUCGCUUGAAAAUAGGCCGCCAUUGAAGAGGGACCACCUUUUUCACAGUUCUUCUUGUUCUUCUGUUAGAUCAAGAUUUGCGAGAUUGUUGCUCUUUAAUAAAAUCGACUAUCUACAGUUGAUUUGCGCAGUCUCUGUUUCCUUCUUCUUUGUUUUUCUAUUCCAGGUAUUCUUCUUGCCUGGCUCUGCAGCCAACGAAGAAGAAAUGAAUUACGAUAAAGCCCACUAUUUGUUUACGAAUAAUACCGAUUUAUCAUUCUUGAAAGAAUUGGGUUUUGGCGAAGAUUUAAAAUUUCAACCUCUGAAACUAUUGGACAAGUUUCGAAAUGGUGCAAAAUAUUUCAAUGGAAGUUUUGCUUCAACAGGGGUUAUUUUGAAGCCUAAGCUUGCAUUGGUUUUUGCAGAUAUGUGGGUUGAUUCACAUCAGAUACUAAUGGUUACUAUUGCUACCGCAUUGCGUGAAACCGGCUACGAAUUCGAGGUAUUUUCGCUUGAAGAGGGUCCCGUGUAUGCUGUUUGGAAAGAGGUAGGGUUUCGUGUGCGUGUGAUCAAUGCAGACGAGAACACGAACUUCGGUAUAGAUUGGCUAAACUACGAUGGCAUACUAGUGAAUUCUCUCAAAGCCGCGGGCGUCUUAUCUAGUCUUAUGCAGGAGCCUUUUAAACAUGUACCCGUAAUAUGGACUAUCCACGAACAAGAACUUGCCCUUCGGUUGAGUGGACAAACUCAGCUCGUUGAUAACUGGAGAAAACUUUUCGGCCGAGCAACCGCUGUUGUCUUCCCAAAUUAUAUUUUGCCGAUGGCCUAUUCAGCAUGUGAUCCCGGAAACUACUUUGUCAUACCGGGCCCACCUGCAGAAGCAUGCAACACCGUUCAUAACGGUAAUCGAAAUCGUAAAAAUAAUUUCGUUGUAGCAGUUGUUGGAAGUCAGUUAUUAUAUAAAGGUUUAUUGCUAGAAAAUGCCUUAGUUUUAAAGGCUUUACUUCCUCUGCUAGAAAAAGGUUCAAAUAAUUCUCGUCUUAAAAUACUCGUCUUGAUCGGAAACUCCACUAGCAAGUUCGGUACUGCUGUUGAGACAAUUGCACAAAACUUGAACUAUCCAAAUGGAACAGUGAAUCAUAUUGGUGUGGAUGGAAAUACAGACAAUGUUGUGAGAGAUGCCGAUAUUUUGAUAUACGGAUCGUUUCUUGAAGAAAAUAUUUUUCCGGAAAUUUUAUCGAAAGCUAUGUGUUUAGGGAAACCUAUAAUCGUACCCGAUUUACCGAUUAUACAGAAAUAUGUUAGGGAUGAAGUGAACGGGUAUCUUUUCCCGAAGGAGAAUAUUACUGUUCUUACACAAAUCAUGUUUCGACUUUUCUCGAAAGGAGAAUUUGCUGACUUGGCUCGAAAUGCUGCGUCGAUCGGAAAAUUUGUAGCUAAAAAUUUAAUGGUAUCGGAGAGUGUGGAUGGAUAUGCUUCACUCUUGGAGAAUAUUCUUUUGAUUCCAUCGGAGAAGAUUCCUGUCGAGUGGAAAUCCAAAUGGAAGUGGCGUUAUUUCGAAGCUAUUACAAAUGCCGUUUCUCCAAAUAGAAUUAAUGAACUUUUAGACAAGGUCGAAAGGCAGUUCAAUCGUACACAUAAGGAGAAUUCGGUGGAUUUUUUUAUAACAAGAAACGAUAGGUCUUUAUAUACAAUUUGGGAAGAGCAAAAACAUGUUGAUUUUGAUAAUGUUAGAAAAAGAAGAGAGGAUGACGAGUUGAAGGAUAGAAGCGAUCAAAAUCGAAAAAUAUGGGAUGAAGUCUAUAGAAAUGCGAGAAGGGUAGAUCGGUCAUUGCACGAAAGAGACGAAGGAGAAUUAGAAAGGACCGGUCAACCGCUGUGUAUUUACGAGCCUUACUUUGGAGAAGGAACAUGGCCGUUUUUGCACCGUACUUCACUAUAUAGAGGGAUUGCGCUCUCUACGAAAAGUCGAAGACCGGGAGACGAUGACGUGGACGCACCAUCUCGUCUUCCAUUAUUGAAUAAUGGUUAUUAUAGAGAUGUUUUGGGAGAAUACGGAGCUUUUUUUGCCAUUGCUAAUCGGAUUGACCGUGUACAUAAAAAUGCAUGGAUAGGGUUUCAGUCUUGGAGAGCUACAGCGAGUAUGAAAUCGUUGUCUAAGAGUGGUGAAAAAUCAUUGCUGGAUGUUAUUGAAUCAAGAAAGCACGGGGAAGCUCUUUACUUCUGGACCCGUUUGGAUACGGAUCCAAGAUACGGGUCGGGUCAUGAUUUCUGGUCGUUCUGCAAUCAUAUAAAUGCUGGGAAUUGCCAGUUUGCAUUCACCGAGGCUCUAAAGAAGAUGUACGGCUUAAAAAACAACUCGAGCUCACUUCCCCAAAUGCCUUCAAACGAAGGGACUUGGUCUGUAAUGCACUGCUGGGUUUUACCGACGAGGUCGUUUAUGGAAUUUGUUAUGUUUUCAAGAAUGUUUGUGGAUGCACUUGAUUCGCAAUUCUACGACGAGCAUCACAAAAUCGGACGAUGUUAUCAAAGUCUAUCCAAGGACAAGAAUUGCUAUUCUGGUUUGCUCGAAUUGCUAGUGAACGUAUGGGCGUACCAUAGUGCGAGAAGAAUGGUGUACGUGGACCCCACAACGGGGGCGAUGCAAGAGCAGCACAAGCUGAGUCAGCGGAGGGGGCGAAUGUGGGUCCAGUGGUUCCAGCUCAGCACACUCAAAAGCAUGGACGAGGAUUUGGCGGAGGAGUUCGAUUACGAUGGCCCCACAAAACGGUGGAUUUGGCCAUUAACGGGGGAAGUGUUUUGGCAAGGUAUAUAUGAAAAGGAGAAGAGUAUGAGAUUUAAAGAAAAGGAAAAGAAGAAGCAACAGAGUAGAGAAAAGAUUCAACGAAUGAAGAAACGGGCUCGACAAAAGGCCUUGGGGAAGUACGUGAAGCCCGUGGAAGAGAUCGAGUCUAAUUCAACAGCUCAACAAGUUUGAGAGAUCUCAUUGGUCAAUAAAAUUCGUUACUUGAUUUUUUUUUUAUUCGAAAUGGAUGCUGCAUAGAAUUGUGUAUAUUUAGAACUAUAGAUCUCUUGAGGGUUUAUUCAAUUCUUUAUUUGAUUUAUACUUGUAAAAGUUCGAAAACUAUUUUCAACUAAAUUCAAAAAAAUUGCAGAU